AUGCGCCGAAAACCAGUCAUCACCUUGGGUUCCCCCGAGCCCAUAACGCCGCCGGCCAAGCGACAAGGUGGCCAUUUGCAAGACCUGUUGGCGCAAUUUGGAUCCCAGAACUCGUCCGAGUCAGCGACAAAGCGAAGGCGACUGUCUGCAAACCCCAAGCAUGAGCAAACGGAGCCGGCUGUUGCCCAUCACGGCGCAAGCAAACGCAGCCUGCGGCAACAACCAACACCAAACUACGUCGCCUUGCCUUCUCCAUCAGACCAAGCGACCCCCGUCACCUCGAGAAGAAGCACGCGAAAGUCGACUUCGAAACCAGUGGGCCUGGCGCCAGAAGACAGCGAGGACGAACUUGCGCCAUCGGCCCAGCCCCGCAAGACGAGCGCUAGAAUAUCUGCAUACACCGAGGAGCUGAAGAUGGAGAAGCGCAGAAAGGAAAAGGAGAGAAUGGAUGGACUACGACGCAGCACGCGCGACAGGAAGAGCACCAUCCUAGAGUCCGACACCCUGCCCACCCCAUCGCCACCACGGCGCAAGGCUGCGCAGCCCCCCAAACUUAAUACUGCUCGAACCCGUCUUCGAGAUGACAUCGCUAAGAAGACCAAGGCGAAGGCCGAAAACUUCCUCGUCGCCAACAAAGACUUUUUCCUGCCCCUGCUGCCCAAGAACAACCACGUCGCGAAGCUGGUCGCUGAAGGCAAAGCGCAGCCUAUUGUCGAGUACGAAGAGCUUCCGGCGCAGCCCAAGGGUGUGACAGCCGUCAUGAAGCCGUAUCAGCUAUCUGGACUAUCGUUUCUUGUUCACCUGUACAACAACGGCUUCUCCGGCAUCCUGGGCGACGAAAUGGGUCUUGGGAAGACGCUGCAGACUCUUUCCCUGUUUCAGUAUCUUGAGGAGCUCGAUCAGCAAAAAGGCGUCAGAUCCGAAGAAAUCCGUCCCUAUCUUGUGAUUUGCCCAUUGAGCGUGCUCAACUCAUGGGUUACCGAGGCUCAGAAGUGGGUGCCUGAGCUUGGAGUAAUGCGUUUCCAUGGUGCCGCAAAUGAGCGGACACGCCUCAAGCGGGUGGCGGCUGGCUUAGAAGAUAUGAAAGGAAACGAAACAUCGCGCGCACGGGACCGGAAGGCAUUGCGCAAGGCUGGUCAAAAACUCUCCUCCGCUAGGGGCUUCUCUGCCUCCGCAAAGCUCAUUGUGACGACUUACGAGACCUUUCAGGCCGAGCAAUCCUGGUUCAAGCAUUCUUUUGCAUGGCGCUAUGUGGUUCUAGACGAAGGACACAAGAUUAAAAACAGUUUCUCUCAGAUCUCGACUGCGCUGAAGAGCAUCAGUGCCGAGUACCGACUUAUCUUGACAGGAACGCCACUCCAAAACAACAUGGUCGAGAUGUGGUCGCUUUUGACCUGGCUGUACCCCAACGUUUUUGACGACAAGACCGAAGCACUAUUUCGAGAGUCGUUCGAUCUUAGCAAAGGCAAGGCAAACAAGCAGACCAUGGCAGAUGCCCGGCGUCUGCUCGAGCUCAUCAUGCUGCGCAGAAUGAAGGAUUCUCCAUCAGUCAAUCUCGGACUGCCCCCCAAGGAAGAGGUGCUCCUUCACGUGCCCCUUACACCAAUGCAGAAGUUUUGGUACACACGUCUCUUGACUCGCAUUGACGAUGGAAUGCUGGACGAACUGUUUGCUGAUGGCAGGAAAAAAGAGAAGGCUGCCAUUGAGAGCGACAUGAAAGAUGACCAGCUAUUGCAAGAGCUGGAGAGAGUAGACAAAGCGGUCAGAGAUGGCAACAUUGGAGACGAAUGGGAAGAGACCGCCAAGAUUGUGCAAGAAGCCGUAGCGAAAGAACAAACCGAGACGGACGCUGCAAAGGGAGCUUGGAAAAAGCUCAUGAAUCUUGUCAUGCAGUUGCGCAAAUGCUGCUCCCACCCAUACCAGCUACCAGGUGUAGCCCCAGAUCCAUACUACCUGGGCGAUCAUGUCAUCCGUGCCUCUGGCAAGUUCAUCUUACUGGAAAAGCUCCUCAAACACACAGUCUUCGAACAAGGGAAGAAAGUCCUCAUUUUCUCGAGCUUUACUCGCACGCUCGAUUGCUGCGAGGAUCUCCUGUCACUCAUCAGCAACUAUGGCGAACGCUUCAAGUUUCUUCGCUUGGAUGGAAGCACUGCUAGGGCUCGCCGCAACUUGGAUAUCCGCCUCUUCAACAAGAUAGACUCAGAUUACAAGGUCAUGCUCCUUUCCACCCGUGCUGGAGGCUUGGGUAUCAACCUUACCACUGCGCAGGAUGUUAUAUUUUUGGAUGAGGACUGGAACCCGCAGAUUACGCUCCAGGCCGAAGCUCGUGCUCAUCGUAUAGGGCAGACCAAGAAAGUGACAAUCUACAAGCUCUGUACUCAGGGGACUGUCGAAGAGCAGAUGAUGGGCCGCAUCCGAAAGAAGCUCUAUUUGUCUGCCAAGAUUACGGAAUCUAUGCAGAACAUACACGGAAUGCAAGCAGCCGGAACGCAGACACCGGGAAAUAAGCAACCUGGACGUCCGUCGCUCGACGAAGAUAUGCCGCAAAUGGAUACGUCCCAGCUGAUGACGCUAGUACGGCGAGGUGCGCAGACGCUGUCCCACCCGGAGAUUGAUGUCAAGGAGAUGGUUUCUUGGGACUUGGAAACAAUGAUGGAACAGUGCCGUGAUAAGUCUGCCGACUUGACUGACGCCGUGGCACAGUCCGAGGUUGAUGAAGACAAGUGGCUUUCGACCAUGGAGCGCGUCGAAUGCGCCGUCUUCGAAGGCAAGCGUCACCAGCGCAAUCUCGAUAAGGACUCUAGGGCAGACACCUCGGCCAGUAACAUCCUCCCAGCUAUGGUUACGCGCGAAGACCGGCGCAUCAACAAGAACACGACGGUCAUGGUCAACGGCUUUGCUAUUAGUAAGGAGUCCAUGAAUUGCGGGGAUUGGGAAGCGGUACCAACAUUGGCCGGUAAAGACCCGCGUCUCGCUGAUCCAGUCCGGGAGAAGAAGCGCGAAUUCACACAUGAAGAUCACUGUCUCGAAUGUUUCGAAGAUGCCGAUGCUGGACACAAGGUCGAGUGUAAGAGCUGUCCCCGAGUCUACCAUUACGACUGUCUCGGUCCCUACUACAAGGGCAAAGUCAAGGGUUUGGGCGGCUUCUACUGCGCUCAACACAACUGCUCGGACUGCGGAAAGACAACAGCUGACGCUGGCGGUCUCAUAUUCCGUUGUCGCUGGUGCCCUCAGGGUUUCUGCGAAGACUGCCUUGACUGGGACAAGACGGAGCUCAUUGGCGAGAAUCUACCCGAGUUUGAGGUUUUGGGUGAGCAAGUCAUGUCCGGCGGCUUCUACAUCAAGUGUCCGUCUUGCAUCGAAUUGGCCCAAGAGGAUAAGCAGCAGAAGGUGUGGCUCGAGGAGAUGGAAAAGACGUUCAAGGAGCAACACGACACUUGGCUGCAGGACCGCGAACAGGCGCAGCGCCAGCUGAGUGAGGAAUAUCUCACUGUCAAGCCGGUAGACGAUGAAGAGCUUGAUUCGCCACCAGCGCUGACGGAUACGUCGCUCUUGACUCCAGCCGUUGGCCAGUCCCGAGUGGGUACGCCCAAGUUUUCGAGGCAGCCAUCGCCGCGCAGUGACAAGAAUGGGGGCAAGAAGAGUGAUCCAUUCAGCGAGGUCCCGGAUAAAAAGAGAUCAAAGCUUGUGGUGUAGAAUGGGUCUCUGGAUAACGGUCUACUCAAAAGAGACAUGAGAAGAAUGUCAGGAAAUGAUACGCUCAUCUACAUGCUCGGAUAUACGUGCAUGAAUGGUUGUCGUUCUGGACUAUAUACCAGCGGUCUGACUGAUAUACCCUUCGGCGUUUGAUUGUUUGUAAUGUUUUUACAAUUCGCGCCAGAUGUACA